GAGUGGCGCAAGUUGUUAGUAACUUGGGUUGAAACACGAGGGGAGGGAUGGCGUCUUUUGAGACGCCGUGUCUGUCCGUUCGUCAUGGAGUUCGGAUGGUACCUGAGCCUAACGUGACGUUAGAACAGGCCUCCAUGCUGAGACACCUCAUGUUACACAACCUUGACAAGUGCAACAUCAUCACGUUAUAUGAUGAGAUCUUCAUCAGCAACAGGAUGAGUUUGGUGGUUGAGAAGUUGGACAUCAGCCUGCACAACUACCUGCUGGAAACACAAGGCCUCGUGUUGUUGGAGGACAUCAGGACCGUCAUCCAACAGAUGGCCACAGCAUUAGCUGCCCUGAAAAGAGUUGGUGUAAUCCAUGGUGACGUGACGACAGAUAACAUCAUGAUGGUGGAUCGCGUGAGACAGCCCUUCAGAGUGAAACUGAUCGACUUCAGUCAGGCUAUGUUCAGCUCUCAAGCCAAACCAGGCAGGAUUCUCCAGACCCCCCAGUACAGAGCAGCAGAAAUAAUGUUGGGACUCCCUUUCUGUGAAGCCGUUGAUAUCUGGGCGCUGGGCUGUGUGAUGGGGAUCAUGAUGUUUGGCUUUGAGCUCUUCCCAACAACAACAGACUACGAUGCACAUUUCAACACAGGACCUGGUUGAUGAAAUUGCUUCCAGGAUGGUGGAAGGUGCUGGUUUGCUGGACUGCAGAAGAAGCAAUGACCAUCUCAGUGAAGCAUGUGGAGAGAACUGUUUCAAGAUGUCUGCAUCAUGGAUCAUCCUCAGUUGGACAGUGAAUAGCUUCUCAAGUAAACAACAGACACAAUGUUGACUGUAUGUGUCACUGUCCAGCAAGAGCAAGUUCAGACAGUGAGCAUGGUAGUGCACAUAUAAAGCUUACCCUAACCCUACAACAGCACCAAGGAAGGAACUUCAUCACUCAGCACUCAAUCACUAAUCAGUUCUCAAGACGUGCGGCCACAACAUGGUAGCUGCUGAGUAGUGAUCCAUGAAAUCGGAGAAAUAGUUUAUGUUAUUAGCUAAUGCUGAUUCUUUCAUCUGGCCUAAAGAGAGCAUGUUGCAGCCACAAAGAGCGCAGGGUGCGCCUGUCCCUGAAUAUCUAAUUGUACCUUGAACAGUCACAGAGCAGAGAGAUAUAAUAAUCCAUCUUUAGGAGAUUAAAAGAUAAAAGAUUCAUAUUUGUAUUAAUAUUUAAUGCCACAAAGGUUCACAAGACAUUAAAUAUAAUAAUGUUAAUUGUAUUUGUGUGUUUAUUUAUUUAGGUAUUUAGAUGUUUAAAUAUUUGUAUAUUUAUUUACUUAUGCAUUUAUUAAAAAAUGACUUAUGUACAUAUUUUUAUUGAUAUGUACUUUCAUUUAUUCACAGUGUUUAGAUAAAUAAUUCUGUUAUGUAAUGCCUCAUGUUACAGUAAAUAAAUCAAUCACAAAUUAAAU